AUGCAAUGUCUUCCUUUUGGCUUCCCUCUUGGAAAUGUCGUCGUUGCAAUAGUCUUCUUGCGUACUAUUGGUGGGCUGGUCAGGAUAAGGAGAAUGAGAUUCAAUAGCUCUCCUGGUCGGCGGCAUCUCAGAGUAAGUUUCAUGGUGGGCUCGGUUUUCAAGAUUUUGACCGUUUCAAUGUUGCUUUACUUGCUAAACAGGCUCGGAGAGUUCUUCGGAGUCCUACCAGUUGCUUGGCAGGGAUCUAUAAGGCUCGUUAUCAUCCCCACCAUCAUUUCUUGGAGGCAAACGCGGGCUCCCAUCCGUCUUGGGCAUGGCAAGGUAUUCUCGAAGGGCGCUUCCUCCAUUCGGGUUCUUGAGGACAAGUGGUUACAAACUAAUCCUCCCUCAUCCCCUCUACGUCUUUUUGGGGUCUCUGUUGCUAACUUGCGGGUAGCGGAUUUGAUUGAGUCUGACCGCCGUUGCUGGAAUCGGACCUCCUGCAUCACCGUAAUUUCAUUAAUAGAAAUAUAUGUGGGUUGGUUUUAUCCAUUCAACGAGUCACAUACUCACAUAUUGAAUUAUGGUAAAAUCAAAAGGGUUAUAGGUAUAAUAUGCCCGUCUACUAUAACGCUUUAUCAAACAUGCUCCUUUACUAUUUUUUACAUCAAACAUGCCCCUGUACUUUGUAAAAAUGAUCAAACAUGCCCUUUUGUUAAAAUUUUCAUCCAAAAACCGUUAACCAAGGCCGAACUUUAG